AUUCUGAAAAAUGAAAGAAGAUCAAAAGACAAAAGUUUAUUGUUCAGUAAAAUAGCUUCGUUUCAGUGAUCUGAUAAUAUGAAAAGAUCAUCAUCACUCCUGAUCUUCACCGUUCUGUCUCUUCCAUUAAUCUCAGCCGUAGGAUGGGAGCUAAGCAUACCGACAACGACGGCGAAAAGGAGUAACCUUCGGGUGCGUGAAGGAUCACCGUUCAGGAUCGCCAUCUUUGCAGACCUCCACUUCGGUGAAGACACGUGGACUGAUUGGGGUCCACGUCAGGAUGUAAACUCCAUUAACGUUAUGUCCGCCGUUCUCGACGCUGAAACUCCAGAAAUAAAAACAGAUUUUGUGGUAUACUUGGGAGAUGUAGUAACGGGAAACAACAUAGCAAUACAAAACGCAAGCUUGUAUUGGGACAAAGCAAUCUCACCAACAAGAGAGAGAGGCAUUCCUUGGGCCACUCUCUUUGGUAACCACGACGACGCUUCUUUCGAAUGGCCUUUGGAUUGGUUCUCUUCUUCUGGUGUCCCUCCCAUUCGAUGCUCCUUUGCAUCAAACUCUUCCUCGUCCUAUGAUGAUGUUCAUGGAUGCGCGUUUAGAGGAACGACGCGUCUUGAAUUGAUUCAAGAAGAAACCAAAGCAUCCAUUAAUAAUGCACUCUCAUAUUCAAUGAUUGGUCCUAAGGAGCUCUGGCCAAGUGUCUCUAAUUACGUCCUUCUCCUUGAGUCAUCGGAUGACUCGAAACCAGCCGUGGCAUUGCUAUACUUUCUUGACUCGGGUGGUGGUUCAUACCCGGAGGUUAUAUCAAAUUCUCAAGUGGAAUGGUUUAAAUCCAUGUCCAAUACUCUUAAUCCUGAUUUAAGGAUCCCGGAGUUGAUAUUUUGGCACAUACCGAGUAAAGCAUACAAGAAAGUAGCUCCUAGGCUAUGGAUAACAAAACCUUGCACCGGAUCAAUCAACAAAGAGAAAGUUGCUGCUCAAGAAGCUGAAAAUGGAAUGAUGAGAGUUCUUGAGAAGAGAUCUUCAGUUAAGGCAGUGUUUGUAGGGCACAACCAUGGACUAGACUGGUGCUGUCCGUACAAGGACAAGCUCUGGCUUUGCUUUGCAAGGCACACGGGUUAUGGUGGAUAUGGAAAUUGGGCCAGAGGAUCAAGGAUUUUGGAGAUUACUGAAACGCCCUUUCGUAUUAAGUCAUGGAUUAGGAUGGAGGAUGGAUCUGUGCACAGUGAAGUUGGUUUAACUUGUGAUGAUGAUUAGUCUAUUGAGCAUUAUUAUAAUUAUUCAACUUUGUGGAAGUAAAGUUCUAAAGAAAUAAAAAAG